GUGGGGAAAGGAAGUAGACUUUGUUCCUAACUCUCCCUGUUUGACACCAACUUGCGUUAGGGACAACGUUAAAUAGUUAGUUCUUUCUUCACGUGAAAGUCAAGGCUCUGAGAAGAGGCGGUCUCACAACCACCAGGUGACGAUAGCCAUGAAGUGGGGCUGGGUGUUUUUAGGGGUCUUCCUAUCUCUGGGGACCCUGUCCUGGGGGGAGAAGGGCCUGGAGAUCCCCGAGUAUGACGGCAAAGACCGCGUCCAUGACCUCACCUCCAAGAACUACAAGUCCAUCAUGAAGAAGUACGACGUGAUGGUGAUCUACUACCACAAAAAUGUGGACGGGAACCGCAGCGCCAUGAAGCAGUUUCAGAUAGAAGAGCUGGCUUUGGAGUUGACAACAGCUCAAGCAGCACAUAUCUUUCAGCUCGCAGCCCAAGUGCUGGACGAUCUCGAUGAUGAGGACAUUGGAUUUGGCCUGGUGGAUGAAAAGAAGGGCGCUGCUGUUGCCAAGAAGCUGGGUCUGGAAGAGGUGGAGAGCAUCUACAUCUUUGCUGACAACGAGAUCAUUGAGUACGAUGGAGAGCUGGCUGCAGACACCUUGGUGGAGUUCCUCUAUGAUGUGAUUGAAGACCCUGUGGAGAUCAUUGACAACGAGCGUGAGCUGAAGGGUUUCCACAACAUGGACGAGGUCAUCAAGCUGGUUGGCUUUUUCAAGAGCGAGAAAUCUCCUCACUUCAUUGAGUACGAUGAUGCUGCUGAGGAGUUCCACCCCUUCGUCAAGUUCUUUGCCACAUUUGACCCCAAGAUCGCCAAGAAACUGAAGCUGAAGAUUAACGAGGUUGACUUCUACGAGCCCUUCAUGGAGGAGCCCGUCACCAUUCCAGGAAAGCCCUACAUCGAGUCUGAGCUUGUUGAAUACAUCGAACAGCACGACAGACCCACUCUGAGGAAGCUUGAGCCACACAGCAUGUACGAGAUCUGGGAAGAUGACAUUGAUGGAGAGCACAUUGUCGCCUUUGCUGAGGAAGAUGACCCAGACGGUUAUGAAUUCCUGGAAAUCCUGAAGGAGGUGGCACGCGAGAACACUGACAACCCCAACCUCAGCAUCAUCUGGAUCGACCCUGACAACUUCCCCCUGCUGGUGCCUUACUGGGAGAAGACCUUCCACAUUGACCUUGGUUCUCCUCAGAUUGGUGUUGUUGAUGUUGAGGAUGCUGACAGCGUGUGGAUGGAGAUGGACGAUGGCGAUGACAUGCCCACAGCCGACGAGCUGGAGCAGUGGAUCGAGGACGUUCUGUCGGGAAAGAUCGACCCCGAUGAUGAUGAUGAGGAGGAUGACGACGAUGAUGAUGACGACGACGAUGACGACGAUGAUGACGAUGAUGAUGAUGAUGAAGAUGAUGACGACGACGAUGAUGAUGAUGAGGACGAUGAUGAGGACGAUGACGAUGACGAUGACGACGACGACGAUGAUGAUGAGGACGAUGAUGAUGAUGAUGAUGAUGAAUAAAUGAUCACUUACAUCAAUCACAUCAGUUUAUUGAUCCAGUAAUGGCAAAGCACCACUUUUUAACAUCUUUUGGUAAACACACUUUGUGUCGGUUUGCCUUCUGUACGGUUCCCUCCAAGGGACAAAAAGAACAAACCUAUGGGAACCUUUUACCGUCUGUCAGGGAAGGAGAUUUUCAAAGAAGCAGAGCAUUUGUAACUCUGUCUGAAGUGUUACAGCUUUUCUGACUUCUUACUUUUUUAGUUUCACUGUGAAGAAGCUAACGAAGGCUAACUUCCCUGUUUGUUUUCUACAGUUCCUCACAUUAACUGUAAUUCUGUUUCAAUGACAUGUUUUCUACUUGAUGAAGAGAAGAAACGAUCACUUUCUUGUACUAUAGUAAGAAAGAAUUGACCUUAGUUCACUGGAGAGUCUUAAGAUUAUUACAAUCUUGGAAAAAUAAAGUACAGGAUAAUAAAAACAACUACACCUUAACUUGUUUCUGCUCUCAUAUUAAAAAUGAAAGACAAAAUAUAAAA